GCGAUGAAUGUAACCAACGUAAUUUGUGUGAAGAGGAAAUUUUGCGGGAACACACAUCGUAGACAAAGACAAAGAUACGACCUGUGAUUGUUAAUUCAUACGAUUCCAUAUCUGUUAAAGAAGAGCAAGAUCGUGAGCACGUUAACUCGAAAAUAUGGGUGAACGCUACAACAUCCACAGCCAAUUGGAGCAUCUACAAUCCAAGUAUAUCGGCACGGGACACGCGGACACGACCAAGUUCGAGUGGCUGGUGAAUCAACAUCGGGAUUCUUGUAGCUCGUAUAUGGGGCACUACGAUUUACUUAAUUUCUUCGCGAUUGCCGAGAACGAAGCCAAGGCACGAGUUAGAUUCAAUCUUAUGGAAAAGAUGCUGCAACCUUGCGGACCACCGCCCGAGAAGCCUGAAGAUUAAAUUGUGUCUUCCGUCAACAUUACUUCAGUGUGAUAGACUAUUGUAAUUCUCAAAAAUAACAAAAAAA